AUGUCUUCCCUGGCGGCUGCUCCGGCGGAUUCCGCCCGAAGCGCUCACUUUGCGCCGCAAGAAGCGAAUCCGAAGAACCCGACCCCCUCGCAGGUGCGCUUGCCCAUGCGAGCGGGAAGCGGCGAAGACAACGGUCGCAAAGCGAAUACACUCGACCCCGAGCUGAGAUUCAUAUCCGACAGCCCUCCCUCGCCCACCGACGGCUCGCCGACCAGAACGAAGACGGACGUGCUUCCGCGCCCGGCACUCACGCAACGAGGCAUGACGGGAGUGCCGCGACACACCAUGAAAAAAGGCGGACGCUCCUCAGUCGAGGACGCGUCCGCAGCCGCUGCGCUCCUCAGGGGCGUCGUCGACGAAGUCGACGUCGUCCCGAAAGGCUACUUGAACUACUGGAACGAGCGCGUGGAUGAAGAACAGGUCGAGGAGUUGGGAGAGAGCGAGGAGUUCGAAAGAGUGUACAUGGAGCAGCAGGCGAAGCAGCUUCCCUUUCGUACCUCGACGACAGAGUGGACGAUGAACACCGCCGCAGGCACGAUGGUGUGCGUCAUGGCAUGGGGGCCGAUCAUGAUGGUUUUGUGCUUCGUUGUCGGCGGCGCUCUCGGCUUUGGCUUCGCUAUUGCGCACGACCUCUGGCGGAUGCGGAAGAAGGAAACGGCUGCCACGAAACAAAAGCAAAAGCUCGACCAGCUCAUGCGCUGGGCCGAUUUCCACUUCCCGUCGAGUCAGAACCAGCUGCAACUCAUCUUCAAAGUCAUACUUGAGUACCAGGUCUUGGCCCGCCUCGGCGCCUUCUCGAAGACGGCGCGCGCGCAGCUGAAACUGCUCUACGCCUUUCUAUCCCGCGACGACGUCGGCCGCUGUCUCUGGCUGUACUUGGAUUUCUUUGAAGGACACUUCCGCAUCAUGACGCGCAGCGAAAUCGCCAUGUGCUCCCUCGUCUGUUCAGUCAGCGUGGAGUGCGUCAAAAGCUUGCGCAAGAAGAAACCUCCUCCAGUUAUGGUCCGAAUGAUGCAUCUGGUAGAGGACCCGAUGGCGCAGCGCAUCUUCGACACUGGGAAGAACGCUGCGGCUUUCCGAGUUCGACAGGACCAGAAACUCAAAGAGAUGGACGCUAUCAUGUACGCCGACGCCGCGAAGGAGGUCCAGCGCCACAUUCUGCGCGGUGGCGAGCUCCUCGACUCGCACCACGCCACUGCGGCUGACGCGCCUCGCGAGUCCGAUGAAGAGACGGAGGAAGAAUCCUCGGAGGCUGCGGACCGAGACAGCGAAUCCGUCAGCGCGCUCGACGGAGGUGCGGCCCGCAGCACGCAUCCUGGCUCCAUCGCACCCUUCGCCACGACCGGCGACCUCACCCGGGAGGGGACCAGCGCCGCGGUCUCGGGAGUCUCCCUCCCCUGCCCCGGCUCUCCGAGACCGCCCAGCGAAGCUGGCGAAGAACAAGACGCUCUUCAAAGAGUGUCGUCGGCUGGCGGCGUAUCCCCAAGCUCAGGCGCAGCAGAAGCGGCGCUGUUGGGCCCUCUGAAGCCUCUCGACAACUUCAAUCUCGCGCUCUCGCCGACGCCGGCAGAUUUCCACGCGACCGCUCCGACGUCUGGCCUCGCGUCGGGCGUCGCUGCACACGGGAGCGAGCGAGGCUCGUUGGUCUCCCGCGGUGUAACUGCAGCGGGGCCGGCCUUCUCGCGCUUCAACAGCCGCGCGACGCGCACGGGCGCCGCGGGCGCAGAAGCGUCCGCCGCAAUGGUCCUUUCCAGUCAAAGAGGCUCAUUCGCCUCCGAAGCAGGAGACGAGCAGAGCCCGCGACUCCGCCGCAGGCAACGCUCUUCCAUCAGCCAUAAGGAUUUAAAGAAAACCGAAACUGGCCCUCCGAGGCUGUUCAAGUCGUAUCAAGAUCUCGUUGAUUUCGACGUUAACCUCAAACACCAGACGCCGAUCGGGCUGUACGAGUUCGAAUUUCUGGACGAGAAGAAGCCGCAAGACCCGAACGAUCCGAACUGGGAGUUGGUCGUGGACCAGAAGGCAAUUAAAGUCUACAAAUUCAUCUCACCCAACUCGCCGGUUGUCCUCGUGAAGGCCUACGCGGAACUCGACGGCAUUCCCAUGCCAGUUCUUUGCCACGAAAUCCGCGACAUCUCCAUGCGUCUCCAGUGGGAUUCGACUUUCGAAGAUUACCGCGUCAUCGAACCUAACGUCAGCCACAACGAAAUCAUCUACUGCCUCAUGAAGGCUCCUUUCCCUGUUUCCAACCGAGACUUUCUUCAGUGGAGACGAACGGAGGUCGACAUGGAAGCCGGCGUCGUCAAAAUGCUAAUGCGGUCCGCGUCUCACCCGUCGAUCCCGGAGCGUCCGGGCGUCGUCCGUGCCGAAACCAUCUUAUCUGGGUACAUCAUGGAGCAGAGAGGCCCGAACUCGUCCUCCCUCUUCAUCGUCGCGCAAACGGAUGUCAAAGGUCUCAUUCCCAAGUGGGUGGUGAACACGACGGCCGCGCGCGCGCCGGUGGGCUGGGUUGACAACUUGAAGAAGGCGUGCGCGAAAUACAUGAAGGAGCACGGGACGGACGUUCCCCCGUCUUCUCUCGUCUCUUCGUGA